UGCAGUGGUCAGUCUCCACUUGAACAGCUAUCUACAGGCUAGUCUAGUCUAGACAAGUCUACAAUCCCCCGUCCACAGAGAGAGUCGCUUAUCGUCAUGGCUGCCAAAAGGCCCAACAUCCUGUACAUCAUGGCCGACCAGAUGGCCGCCCCGCUUCUGGCCUUCCAUGAUAAGGACUCCCCUAUCAAAACCCCCCAUCUGAACAAGCUGGCCGAAGAAGGAGUGGUGUUUGAUUCCGCCUACUGCAAUGCGCCGCUGUGCGCCCCCUCCCGUUUCGUCAUGGUGACCGGCCAACUCCCCUCUAAAAUCGGUGCGUACGACAACGCCUCCGACCUGCCCGCCGAUGUCCCAACCUACGCCCACUACCUCCGCCGCGAGGGUUAUCACACUGCAUUGGCGGGUAAGAUGCACUUCUGUGGCCCCGAUCAGCUGCACGGAUACGAACAGCGCUUGACUAGCGACAUCUACCCUGGCGAUUAUGGCUGGUCCGUCAACUGGGACGAACCCGAUAUCCGUCCCGAUUGGUACCACAACAUGUCCUCCGUCAUGGAGGCUGGCCCCGUCGUUCGCACAAACCAGCUCGACUUCGACGAGGAGGUGAUGUACAAGUCGACCCAGUACCUCUACGAUCAUGUGCGCCAGCGCGGCGACCAGCCUUUCUGUUUGACCGUGUCGAUGACCCACCCGCAUGACCCCUAUGCCAUGACCAAGGAAUACUGGGAUCUGUAUGAGGAUGUCGACAUCCCCUUGCCCAAGCACGGCGCGAUUCCCCAGGGUCAGCAGGACCCACACUCCCAGCGGGUGCUCAAGUGCAUCGACCUGUGGGGCAAGGUAAUGCCGGAGGAGCGCAUCAAGGCCGCGCGCCGCGCUUACUAUGCCGCCUGCACCUAUGUGGACACCAAUGUGGGCAAGCUCUUGAAGGUGCUCGACAACUGCGGUUUGCGCGACGAUACCAUUGUGGUGUUUACGGGCGAUCACGGCGAUAUGUUGGGCGAGCGUGGCUUGUGGUACAAGAUGACGUGGUACGAGGGGUCGGCACGUGUGCCUAUGAUCAUGCAUGCGCCGAAGCGCUUCGCGGCUAAGCGGGUGUCGGAGAACGUGUCGACGAUGGAUCUGCUGCCGACAUUUGCGGACUUGGUGGGCGCGCCCUUGGUUCCUGGGCUGCCGUUGGACGGCGUCUCGCUGCUGCCAUAUUUGACGGGCGGGGACGGCGUCAAGACCGAUACCGUGCUGGGCGAGUACAUGGCCGAGGGCACUCAGUCGCCGACCGUCAUGAUUCGCCGCGGACAGUGGAAGUUCGUCUACUCACUGAUCGACCCCCCGAUGCUGUUCGACGUGGUUGCCGACCCGGAGGAGCGCGUCAACCUGGUCGCAGGCCUGCCUGAUCUAUCCAAGCUCGUCGCUGUCAACGGCAAGGGGACAGGCUUGCCCACCCCAAAUGACUUCCCGCGCGUCUCGCGUGGCCCUGACGGCACCUCGUCCUUCCCCUUCCCGACCCCACCACGCACCCCAAGCCCCUCCAAGCACUCCUCGGUGUUGCCUCAAACCAGCGACCCGGCCACACUCCUAGCACACUUUGUCGAGGAAGUGCACACUCGCUGGAACCUGGAGCAGAUCCGCGAGGACGUUCUCCGCUCCCAGCGCCGCCGCCGACUGGUCUACUCCGCCUUGAUCAAGGGCGUGCCAUCGAUCUGGGACUACGAGCCCCGCAUAGACCCCAGCACGCAGUACGUGCGCAACCAGGGCAAGGGGGCGUUGGACGAUGUGGAGUUGAUUUCGCGGUGGCCGCGGGUGCUGCAGCAGGCGGCGAACGCUAUCGGAAGGGUGUAGCUGACCCGUCAUAAGCUUUUCUAUUCUCUGGAUGUGUCCAAAAGUGCCUGCUUCUGAUUUCUCUGCGUUGAGCGAGGCGCUAUACCCGACCUUUACAUG